AUGGCACCAACUAUUGACAACCAUAAAAUGAAUCAGUUUGAUUUCAAGAUUGUAAAUAUGCCAGGUACAUUAGCUCAUAAGAUUCAUGAAUUGAAAAGUAAGUUAGUCAUGAAACCUGGCGUAUCUGAACUACAAAAGAAGAACAAUGAAAAUGACAUUACGGUAGAUGACUCAAAUUUUGAGGAAAUUCCAAUAUGCAAAGAUUUAAUUGUAACAUGUGGAUAUGCAAAAAGAGACAUAAGAUCUGGUGAACUAGGUCCAUUCAUUACAAAAGAGUUUGAUCAAGUAUUAAAAUCAAAAGGGCUAGCUGAUGAAACACAUCUAGGUGAGAUAACUCAUGUCGGGGGUCACGCACUCGCUGGUAAUGUCUUAUAUUACUGCAAACAAUCUAACUCAAGUCGAGGCUUUAUAUGGUAUGGACGUGUAUUUCCUCAAAUGGUUCAAUCUUUUGAUGAUACUAUUAUCAAUAAAUCAAAUGUAAAAGAAUUAUUUAGAGGUAAUGUAUCCAAAUAUGAAUAA